AUGAGGCCAACACAUUCGCUAUGGGCGUUCCUCGCCCUCGUCGCAGUCGCCUGCGCCGCUCACACAUCCAACUGGGCCGUUCUGGUCUCUACCUCUCGGUUCUGGUUCAACUACCGCCACCUGGCCAACACUCUCUCUCUGUACCGCACCGUCAAACGGCUCGGCAUCCCCGACUCCCAGAUCCUCCUCCUACUCCCAGACGACAUGGCGUGCAACCCGCGCAACGCCUUCUCCGGCACCGUCUACUCGAACGCGGACCGCCGCAUGGACCUGUACGGCGAGAACGUCGAGGUCGACUACCGCGGCUACGAGGUCACGGUCGAGAACUUUAUCCGCCUGCUGACCGACCGCUGGGAGGAAGGGGUGCCCGCGAGCAAGCGCCUCCAGACGGACGAGGGCAGCAAUAUCCUGAUCUACAUGACGGGCCACGGGGGCAGCGAGUUCCUCAAGUUCCAGGACAGCGAGGAGAUUUCGAGCUGGGAUCUGGCCGACGCGUUUUCGCAAAUGCGCGAGAAGAAGAGGUACAACGAGAUGCUGUUCAUGAUCGACACGUGCCAGGCAAAUACCCUCUAUCGACAAUUCUACGCGCCGGGCAUCAUUGCGACGGGCUCUUCGGAGGAAGACGAGAGUUCAUACUCCCACCACGCGGACAACGACGUUGGCGUCGCGGUCAUUGAUCGAUGGACAUACUACGUACUGGAGUUUUUGGAGACGCAAGUCACGGGACCGACGUCGGAUAAGACGUUGGGGGAUCUGUUCGACAGCUACGAUGUCCAGAAGAUCCAUUCGAACCCUGGUGUGAGGUGGGACCUGUUCCCUGGUGGAGAGCAGGCCGGGAGGAGUCGGCGGGUCGUGGACUUUUUCGGGAAUGUCCAGAGCGUCGAGAUUCAGGGGAACAAAUCAGGUGUUGAAAGCCUGAAAGACGAUCUCGAGGGUUUGAAACGGUUGGUGCAGGAAUACGAGGCUUUCGCGGCCGCGCAGGAGAGCAACAAGACGCAAAUGUCUGAUGUUUUACAACGAAGAACAAGCGACAUCAAUGCAACUGCCAAACAGGGCUCGCCGAAGCGAGACACAGUCGGAAGAAUGAAGGUGACGGAGAGCACUCAGUGGGCUCGGCAAGUUGCCGGAGUGACUGUCCUGUCCGGACUAGCAGCACUCUGGUAUUUUGCUCCGAAAUUUGCUUGA